AUGGAGUCGUUGGCAGAGAAGGAUCAGAGCGCACAUGGGCAGAAAGGGCAGGAACACACCCCGGCUGCAUUUGAUGUGAAAACGAAGCGGGAAGCGGAGUAUCUUUCACUGCAGCAACAGCAGGAAGAAAAACGGGGGCACCAAUUGAUGGGUAUCCCAAAGACGGAAGAUGAGGAGGAGGAGGAGGGAGAAGAGGUUUCAUCGUGCAAAGAUCAAGGUGAGCACGACAGUGAUGGAGCCAGUAGUGAUGAGGAACAGGAGGAGGCGGUUCCAUUUGCUACAGACGAGGAAGCCAACGAGGCACGCGCUGUCGGCCUCUUUCACUACAACAAGCACCACUACGAGGAGGCGCUUGACAUUCAGUACCGUGUAGUUCGGCAUUUUGAGAAAAAGUAUGGCGCCACAGCCCCUAUUUGCGGGGUGUACUUCCUUGACUACGGUCUCUCGCAGUUGCGUGUUUUGCAGUCAAAGAGCACCGUGGAAGCGGCACUGCAACCACUGGAUCAAGACGCACUUGAAUCGUGUUUUAUCAAUCUUGAUGUUGCCCGUGUGUGCUUUCAGAAGCAAGAGGAGGAGCGGGGAGAAGAGGACAUAGAGGUGCAACUUCGCCUGGCGGAGGUGCACGACAGCAUUGCCCAGCUGCAUGUGGAGCGCGAGGACAUUGACAGUGCUUUGAAGGAGUACGAGAGUGAGCUGUUGACGUACCGUUUUAUUCAACAGGUGGCGCCGCAGUCUCUGCCGUACCGUAGUCUCGCCGCCGUGCUGUACGGCAUUGCAGACUGCUACAUGAAGGAAGGAGACUUCGAGGGGGCUGAGGAGCGUUUCACGGCGGCGUUGGAUGAAUUGGCGACAUUCCCUGUCGGCGUCAUUCCUGUGGAGCUUACGAAGGAGUUGGAGGAGUUGCGCGAGGACGCGCGGGAGAUGAAGGGCGGCAAGUAUAAGGAACUGCAGGAAUGCAUUCAGGCCCAAUUUGCGGUGAAAGAGGCGGAGGAGUUGCCUACCGCGCAAGAGUUCUACGGCGAAGACGUGGAGGAUGAAAGGAACCGCAAUAAUAAUCCGUACGUCUCGCGGCUACCGGUAGAGUCGGAGUACUCAGCGCUCUCGAUGCCGCAGUCCUUAACAAAUCCGGUGCAAUGGAAUGAACACAGCAACAGUAUGUCAAUUUCGCUCUUUCCCCCGCAAGGCAAUGGUCGUGACUCGGAGACGUCGAACAGCCAGCCAGUGCAUCAUAUCGUGGCGCGGCGGAAGCCAAAACGACCCCUGAGUCAAAAGUCGCCGCCUUCGCAGCAUCAGGGAGAAGGAUGUGGCGUCAUUUGUACCGGUGAGCCAGCGGCCAAGCGACUUCGAACGGAGUCCUGCGAACAUUAG